AUGAUACUUGGUCUCCGUAUAGAUGGUCCAUGCGUUACCGGCAGUGAUAGACAUUUUUGGCCGGACAGGUGUGAGGAGUUGUUAGGUGUAGCUCCAGAGUCAAUGCCUGGAGGAAAUAUUAAAUUGAAGUGGCUAAAAAAUACCUUCUCGGUGCCGUUGCCUUUUGAUGCGCCGCCAAUAUUGAUUGAGCAACAUGCACGUGCAUACAUUAUGCACAUGAUCGGUUCAAUAUUAUUUCCAGAUUCGAGUAAAGAUAAAGUGCAUGCCAGGUGGUUACCACUUAUCGGGGACUUGGACACGUGUUGUGCGUUAUCGUGGGGUAGUGUGGUUUUGGCGUACCUAUAUAGAGAGAUGUCUAAGGUUGCAUUCAUGAAAAAUAGUGACCUCAAAGGGUGUCUCAGCUUACUACAAGUAUGGGCAUGGGAGAGGCUGCAUUUGAAGCCGAGACUAUGCGUGAAUUUACAAUUAGACGGACAAAUUCCACUAGGAUGCAGAUGGAAUGUCCAAAAAUGUUUUGACGAGACCCCGGCGAGACAGUUAGAUUUCUACCGAAAUGAGCUUGACCGCAUGAAGAUUUUUCAGAUGGAAUGGGAGCCCUACACCCCAUUUCUCGAUCAUCUACCCCCGAUAUGCACAGAAUACCCAGUUAUAUGGAGAGACAGAGUUCCUCUAAUAUGUUUCGAGAUAGUAGAAAUAGAGGAAGGCGAAGAAAGGAGGCCAACAAAAGGACUGGGCAGCUGA